GCUUUAUUGGGGGCAGGCCCUCGCGCACGCGAUCUACAUAAUUUAUCUGACACUAAUUUUGCACAAAAUAGCGCAGUUUUAGAGAUAGGGGGAAACGCAAAAAAAACAGAUGGCGAAGGCUCACCGGAAUAAUGUUCUGGUCACUUCGUGUCUCAAGACGCCGGUGGACCCGCACACCAGGACUCCGCUGGCCUCGUACGAGAGGGGCAGAGUGCUGCCGUACACGACGGCCCAUCUGGACAACCGGGACUACGAGCAGGAGCUGGAGUAUGAGGACACCGGUUCGGAUUUCUAUGAGGAGGACUUUCUGGAGGACGGCAGCCCUAUCAUAGGGAGCAACUGCAAAUUGUCGGGGGACCAUUUCAGGCUGAGGGAAAUAUUCUUCUCCAACAAGGAGUACUACAGUAAACUGGAGGAGCUGAAGAGGGCUCACCUGCGCACCAUGGCUGAGCUGGAGAGCUUGUACAAGCAGAAGCUGCAGCUCAAGUCUUCAGAGGUGACAGUGUUGGAUCUUGGGGACAGGCUACUAUGGGCAAAUUGCAACCAAACACAUUCAUGUCCUGGUUUGAGGAAGUCGCACUCGGCCGUAGAGCUCAGGUGGACCUCUGACCCUUUGGAUGAGGGUGAGGAUGAAGCAGCCGCCAACGAUGUGGAGAAAGGCCUGCUCCUCUCUCCCAAAGAGCACAUCAAGAACAUGUGGAAGGACUUUAAGGUGACCCCCUACAGCCAUCACAUGUCCUCCUCGCUGCGCAGCCUGCAGGUGGACCAGACGAACCCUCAGAGGAGGAAAGCCAAGCAGAGGCACGCAGAGCUGGAGCAGUGGAAGACCCGAGUGACCGUCCCCAAGCCGUUCAACAUGAUGUUGCGGGAGGCCGAGAAGCAGAAGCAUGGCGUCAAGACGCGCGCAGAGGCGGAGCAGGAGAGCAAGGAGCUCCAGAAGCAGAUCGAGCAGCUGGCCGAGUGCCAGCGGCAGUUCCGCGCCAGCCCCGUGCCGGCGCACGUCCACCUGCCGCUGUACGAGGAGCUGCAGGAGCGCCGCGAGGAGCGGCGGCGGGCCAUGCGGGACCCGGAGGAGCUGCACCGCCGGACCGUCCAGAAGCCCUUCAGCUUCCUGGAGAGGGAGCGGCUCAAGAAGGAGCAGAGGCAGCUGUCCCAGGCGCGCCGGCCCUCCGACCCGGGGAAGGCCCGGCCCUUCAAGGCCAAGCCCGUGCCCAAGUGUGUGUACGCGGCCGCCUCGGCCGAGCAGGCCAAAGAGGAGCAGCUCUACCGCUCCAUCAAGAUGCAGAUGAGGGCCCAGGAGAUGCUCCACAGCGCCUCGCUGCCCCCCAGCAUGCUCACGCGGCGGCUGGCCGAGCACAAGAAAACCAAAGACGAAGGGGACGAGGGGUUCUCGCACAGCCCGCGCAUCAACAGGGAGGUGCCCGACUUCGAGGCCAGCUACCGGCGCUUCCAGAAGCACCUGGAGAAGCGCAAGGAGACCAAGCCCACCACGGCGUGCGAGCCCUUCGAGCUGCGGACGGCGCAGAUACCCUCGCACCGAGAGCGCAUCCUGGCCGAGAUCCAGAGCGAGCACAGCUCCCCCCGGGCCCCCCGCCGCUGGCCGGGCGUGGCCAACGGGCCGGCCAGCACGCCCAACUCCAGCCUCUGCUCGUCCCUCUCGGGCAGCCUGGAGGUCCUGCCGGCCAAAGUCACCGACGCCACCAAAAAGCGCCACGACGCCGUGAGAAAGGUGUUGGAACAGAGGAAGAAGGCCGAGGAGGAGGAGCAACAACGGAGGGAGAAACAGAGGCAGAAGGAGAAAAAACUCAAGAGGGUGGUUUUGAAACGCGCCCAGGCCAAUGACCCCCACGUGGCUCUUUCACAGACGAAUGUCAACAAACUGAAAGAGUUCAGGAAACAGGACAUUCAGCGGAGGAAGGAAUACCAGCAGGAAAUCAAAGAGAUGAAGGAGAGAGUGAAAGGACGGCCACUGCUGUUGGAGCAGGUGGCUCAGAGGAACGCCAAGCAGGCUGCGGAGAAGCGCUACGCCGAUACCCUGCACAGGCUGGACGUGACUGAGGAGUUUAUCAGCAACAAGGCGGAAAAAUCCGACGCAAGAAUCUCGGCCUCCCCUCCGAGUGAAAACAAGGACGGUGACCCGGGAGAGGCAGACGCGGACUACGAACUCGUUCUCUACAAAAAAGUCUUCUUGGACGGCGAAGACGGCCACGAUCAGGCGGAGAGUGAGGGGAAAGGCGAGAAUAGUGAAACGUCUUCUCACUUCCAAGAGGGCGAAGAUUCCGACGGUCAUUACCGGGAGCAGGAUUACCACUACUCGGACGAUAGCUACAACUCCAGCGAUCAUGACAAUUACUCGGAUGACAGCAAUAACAGCGACCGCGAGGCCGAUAGUGGACAGCAAGAAGCAGGAGACUGAUGUAAAAAAAGAAAACAAUAUCACCGCUAUGUGGAUUGUUACAAUAUGCUUUUGCUAUAGACGUGUGACAACAAAAAAUCACAGAACAAAAAUGUGGAAAAUUGCAUUGGAGAGGAAAGUGUCAAAGAAAUGUUCAGAGGUUGUGUCAUUAUGUUUAACAUGAGAUUUGCCACUUGAUGAAUUGCACUCUAAUGUUGACAGUGAGGUAUGAAAUGAUUCGGACACACAGAUUGGGAUCUUUUAUAGGAAAUUGAUUUUCUUUUUUAUUGCAACUUAAGGCUUAUCCUAUUGGAAGUACGCAAUGUUUGGGUAAAUUAAGCAGCAAUUCAUUUUCUUUCUAACUCUGAAAUGGGGCAUGAUUGAAAUGGUUGUUUCUAAAAGAACUGGAACAGAAUUUUAUAGUUCUGCUCUAUUAGAGAGCGGUGAUAACAUAUUUUGGGAUAAAAAAUUUAGAGCACACAGCAUAUUUUCUAAGUGUUUUUUUAAGUCUUAUGUUUAUGAAAAGUUUGUUCAAGAUGUCCGUUGUGGUUUUUCUAACAGGCAGACUACUAAUGUUAGAUGAUAGUGACUAUGGUGGGGGUGGGGGGGGAUCAAUCAGAGGCUUUAAAAGGCAGCCGGUCAAGAUCUGAAGUUUGCCGUGCUUUAAUCAUGGGCUAUACAACAGGCAAAGGCCUGGCAGUGUGUGUAAUAAUGUCAUUUGUAUGCUUGUGGGUGAACCAACACCUGCUUGGUUGUGCGCUCACUCUCUGCCCCUCGAGCCUUCUCAGGAAACCGGCCGCGACCAGUUCAGCAUUUGGAAUGCUGAGCUGUUCCCUCUCAGUGACAGUGGAGGAUUACAGCUUCUGUCGUCAAGCACCGGAUCCUUACUUUACACUUAAGGGCUGCCUCGACAACAAAUUCCCUCCCCGAUAUUCAUUCUGUGACCUGAUCAGUGAUCCGAACUCGUGGAAUUUGUCUACCAUUUUUCAGGUUGACCGCUUUUUUUGUAUUGCAUCUCACCAAAAGAAGCCUUCUAGGCAGCGCCAGCUCCAAAAAAAUGUCAAAGGAAGACACAGGUUCCCCCACGCUUCUACAGCAGGCUGCAUCUGCAACAUAAAAAAUGUAAAUAUGUCACUGUGAACCCAUGUGUAGACAGAAUGGGAAGAAAUGUUGUUUAACCCGACUGUGACGGCAGUAGUUGUCUGAGAUGUCCUCGUCUGCCCGUUCAAAGCUGAAAAAUGUUCAUUUAACAAACAGAAAGUAGCAACGAACUGCCCUAACACCUUCCUGGCUUCCUUGUGUCAAGUCGUAUUCUUUGUACAGCUCAGUCGGCAUCUCUCCAUAAUGGGACUGUAACGACGAAUGAAGAUUUUAGAGAAAAAUAAACGUGUGAGCCAGCUUUGACUUCCUGUGUAACAGUAAAGCGUCACAUUUUUCUAUGGAUGUGAAUGGUGAACAAGCAUAAUUGAAUUUAAGUAAAGUGUUGUCUUUAAUUAUA